GAACAAAUCGCGAUUAGAUUCGAGGCAAUAACGCCCGUAUGCACCGUAUAUACUUAAUCUGGAUUAUGGGCACAAAAAAUAACCUUCCGAAGGUUAUUUUUUGUGAUUAUGGGUUUAAGCUCGCUUAGUUCAAAAAUUUGUGAUGCACCGUAUGAAAAGAAUCGUUUAAGCUUUCGAUUACAAGAUCCAUGGAAGAGGAAGGUUUAGUCCCGCGAUUAACUGGUUUUCUAACCUAACUUAUGUUUUGUUGUGGUUUCCUGGUUUGUUCUCAGUUUGCUUGAAUUGAAAAUAUUGUUAAUAAAAUUGGUGGCAUACCGCAUGUCCUUUUAGUUUACUGUCUACCCAUAUCACUUUUAUAAAAUGGAUUUAGAAGAUGAACUGUUUGUGGAUGAUGACCAAGAAAUGCUGGAUAUUAUCAAUUUCGGUUUUCCCCGACGAAACUAUGAAAGAAGUGAAUAUUUCGACAGCAUGGACAAUUUUUCAUUUUUUCGUCGAUUUCGCUUAACUAAACAGACUGUAUUAAACUUUUUAAGUGAAAUUGAAGAUCAGAUUGAGUACAACAAUGACCUCAACAAUAGUUUAACACCAAUAAAUCAGUUGCUAACAACAUUACGAUUAUAUUCUUGUGGCAACCAUCAAACGGCAAUAUCAGAUUUUAUUGGAUGUCAUCAAACAACAGUUUUAAGGACUUUCAGGAGGGUUACAAGAGCAAUUUGCCUCACAAGGCCCUAUCACAUGAGAAUGCCACAAAAUGAGCAUGAAAAGUUAAGAAUUUCAACAGACUAUUACAAUAUUUCCAGGUUUCCUAAGGUGAUUGGUUGUGUCGAUGGUACUUACAUUAGAAUUCAGUCGCCUGGAGGAGAUGAUGCCGAGGUAUUUAGGAAUAGAAAGGGAUAUUUUUCUAUUAACACCCAGGUUGUUGGGGAUUCACAGCUAAAAAUUCAAGAUAUUGUGGCAAGAUGGCCUGGUUCUGCACAUGAUUUAACUGUUUUCAAUAAUAUCAGGAUACGUGCAAGAUUUGAGGGACAAGAAUUCCAAGAUUCUGUUUUACUAGGCAGGUAUAACAGUUAUAAAACAUCUUUCCAUUAUAUAAAUUUAAAAUUACUGGUUAAUAUUACUUUAUAAUUUCAUUUCUAGUACUCUAUGUACGACUUGAAUUGUUGUAAUACAUACUUAUAUAUUGGUUGAUAAUUUUAGGUGAUAGUGGAUAUGCUAACCACAAUUACCUGUUAGUACCCUUGUUAAAUCCCUCAAACCAUGCAGAGGAGUUAUACAAUGAGGCUCAUAUUAGAACACGCAAUACUAUAGAAAGAUUGUUUGGUGUUUGGAAAAGGAGGUUUCCUAUUUUGGCUUAUGGAUUGCGAUACAAGCCAGAAUUAGCCAGUGACAUAAUAGUGGCCACUGGAAUAUUGCAUAAUGUUGCAAAAGAAAACAAUGAAGAUGAACCACCUUUAGCAGAAAAUAUAAAUGCAGAAGAGCUUAAUUAUUUAAUUGAGCUUGGAAAUAUUCCUGAUGUCAUUGAAAGAAGAAACCCAGAAAACCGUAAUGCUUUUGACCAACGCAGACAUUUAAUUGAACAUUAUUUUA